AUGCGUCUCCUCAUCCUCUUCUUCCUGACGCUGCUUUCGGUUGCAGCAGGUUUCACUUUGCAAAAGACUGAUGGCACCACGAUCGAGCUCGGCGAUGAGCCUAUGGUCAUCGACGGCAGCGACGUGAUCAUGCCUCAGGAUAUCUUCGCUAGCGCGUCCCGCGUCAAGCUUGACGGCAUCUCCGAGGCUACCGACGUCAGCACUGCAGACCUUGACCCUUUUCCGGCUGCUUGCUUCUGGGAUAGGGAUGCUCACGUCGCUGGAGUCGAUGCUCGUUCUGAGCGCCACUCCGACAUCGAAACCUUCUCCAACGUCGGCACCGCAGACAUCGGUACCGCAGACACCAGCGCCGAAGAUCCGCACUUGGUAUGGCGCAUCGUCGUCCUAUUGAUCAAUUCGCUGAUAGCUAUUUAG